UUCGUUUCAAAACUCAUCUUUUCGCAAAUUUGUAUCCUUUCGAAAUUUUUUUUAUUUAAGUUUUACCUAAAACUUAAAUUGAUGAUCAAGUUCCCUGCAACGUUGCUUUUGUUAUUAGCGAGUGGGUUCCUGGCUAUAUCUCGUAGUUCCACACCAAAACAACCCAAUAUUGUGUUUAUCGUGGCUGAUGACAUGGGAUAUCAGGAUGUAGGAUUCAGAGGAUCAAACAUUCGUACUCCUAAUAUAGACAGACUGGCUAGGGAGGGUGUGAUUCUUGAGAACCACUACGUCAUGGCAGUUUGUGCUCCAGCUCGGGCAACUCUGAUGACGGGGCGGUACCCUAUCAGAACUGGGUUCUGGCAGGGUAACCUCCAUCCAACACAAGAAUUCGGGCUGGGUCUAGACGAGACUCUACUGCCCGAGAUGUUGAAGAGAAACGGGUAUGCUACUCACGGUGUAGGUAAGUGGCACUGUGGUACUUACACUUGGGACCAUACCCCAGCCAAGAGAGGCUUUGAUACGUACUUUGGUUUGUUUUUGGGAAUUCAGGACUAUUACACGCACCAUAGGGGUUCAUGGUUAGAUUUCAGAGAAGAUUAUCAUGAUGCAGAUAGUGAAUUUGUGGACGAUAUUAGAGACGAUUUGGAUGGACAUUACAACACUUAUCUAUUUACAGACAGAUCACUAGAAUUGAUUUCGAACCAUGACAAAAGUCAGCCCUUGUUUUUAUAUUUAGCCUACACAGCGCCCCAUACACCGUACCAAGCUCCAUUGGAAGAUAUUGAAAAAUAUUAUAACUCAGAUUCAAUUCAAGACUCCAGAAAAAUAUAUGCGACUAUGAUCUCUAUCAUGGAUGACGGGAUUGGUAAGAUAGCUGAUGCCCUGAAAGACCGAGAUAUGAUGGACAACACCAUCAUAGUGUUCACAUCUGAUAACGGAGCUAGGCGUAUGAGUCAGGGCAGUAAUUUUCCUUUAAGAGGAGAUAAGGGAACAUUUCUAGAAGGAGGAGUAAGGUCACUUGCAUUUGUUAACAGUCCUCUUAUACAAAAGACUGGAUAUAUAAACACCAAUCUUCAUCAUUUCUCUGAUUGGUAUGCAACAUUCCAGAACCUAGCCGGUGACAAUCCCAAAAAACACGUCAAAACCCAAUUACCUAUCGACGGUGUGGACAUCUGGAGUUCAAUAGAUAACGACUUGCCCUGCAGGGAGGAAGUUCUAUUAGAAUUUAGAGAUUCCUCUAAGUAUUUAAAUGCAGUUUCUGACGUUCCGAAAACAGAUUUAUGUGACAAUGAAAAUUGUUUCGAUUUAUCAGGAGUUCUCAAGUUUAAAGAUGGGGAAUUAACGUUUAACGCACAAGAUUUCUUAGCCUUGCGAUGGAAAAAUUGGAAGAUUCUCGCGGGGUCCACAUUCGAGUUGCGAGGUUGGACCACAAAAAACAAUGGAGAUGGGUACAUAGGAAUAUCCGACGGAAGUGGGGACAAAAUUGAUAGAAGUCAUGUAUCUGGAACACUUCUAUUUGAUCUAUCUUCUGAUGUUAGCGAGGAGAGGAAUGUUGCCGGUCAGUAUCCUGAUAUUGUGUUGAAACUCCUUGCGAAGAGACAGGGUUAUCUCGCUAAAGUGGUACCCUUACAACGAAGACAGUUGAGAGAUGACAUUGUGAUGGACGAUGGAGUGUGGAGACCGUGGGCCAAAGAUGAACACGAACUACAGAGGCCGCCGACCUGUGCUCCACUAACGGGCAAUGUCAGCAGCAUGGUUCCCGAUCUAGUGAGUUACGCUACAGAAGAUCGAGUCACACUAACGUGUGUAAAUAAUUAUAUAAUUUCCUGGGCAGCAUCUGAAUCUGAUAACAGUGCAACUAUUAAAUGUGGAGGCACUGGUUGGGUUUCUGAGCCACUACUGGAGAAUUUUAGCGGAGCUGUUGGAUGUGUUGAAUGUAAUAUAGAAGUGGAAUGUACGGAAGGAACAUGCUCAGGCGGAGAAUGUGUCUGUAUUGAUGGUCAUGAGAAGUCUACAGAUUAUCCAAGCCUGUGUACUCUAAUUAAGUGUCCUAUACUUGCCCUUACCAAUACAGCUGCUGAUGUCACAGGACCUUAUAGCCCAGACACGAUAGUCACUGUCACGUGUAAUGAAGGAUAUCAUGUUGCAGGAACAGAUAGUGAAACUGAACAGACAUUGAAUUGUAAUUUAGGAGGAGCUUACGAUGUGAACCUUAAACCUUGUGUCGAAAAAGAUGAGAUUGAACGCAGAGACAACCACAACUACUCUCGUGGAGUAGCCCAUGAAUGCUCGAGCAUUGUUGCAAUUGCAUUGUCGUUGGCCUCCUGGUUGAUUUAGACACAAACAACUUAAAACUAAUUAUUGUGGAUUGAAUCAAAUUAAUGGUUGCACAUUUAAUUAAAGGUUGCUACUUGCUUUCAAUGCGCAAAGAAAUCUUAGGCGACCAGUCUACUUUAUAUUAUGCGUUAAGUCGCUUGGGCGCUUGGCCUAACUGGACUGAGUGGCCUGGACGGAUGACCCGUACGGAUUACUUAUGGGAUUACACAGGGUUGGAAUUAAAUUAUAGGUCCACUAUCGUGAAUUAACCGUCAUACUCAUUGAGUCAUAAUUGUUUACAGAAUUGCCGAGAAUUGGGAAGGUAAAUAAAUUGUAAAUGAUUAAAAACAUUCUCAGCUUUGUUUGAAACCGUCACAAUUGUUUACAGAAUUGGGUAAGUCAAAUAAAUUAUUAAAAACAUUCUCAGCUUUAUUUGAAAUCAGGGCCAGGGUUCCGGUUAGCAUUAAACCUUAAUUAUGAAUAAUUCGCGAGGUUCUCAGUCCCACCAAAUUGAUAGUAAAAUUGUUUAAGUUUCGUGCAUUUGCAUUACCAUUACGUUGACGCAUAUCUUCGGUGAAGCUAUUUCGU